AUGUCGACCACAACAACAACCAUCACCUCCACUCAAAGGCCAACUGCCACCAAGACCUCUUCACUCCGCCAGUCAACUCUCAAGAAGAACAUGUCUAUCACACAAACUUACUACCUCGCCCACAAGGCUCGGGCUAAGCUCUCCCGCGAGGCUGCCCAGUCCGAUCACGACCUCCGCCUGCUUGUCGGACACGCCAACCUCCUCGACUCUUUGAUGCUUGAGCUUGCCGACGCCGAGCGAGAACAGGAGCGAUGGUUCAACCAAUCCGUCCGAGGAGCUACCACACCCCAGGCUGAGCGACGAGUCCAAUGGGCUGAUAACGUUGUCGAGGAGGAGGACGAGGAGGACGAGGAGGAUUACGACUCCGACUCUUCAGCUUCUGACGACUACGAUUCUGAGGAUGAGGAUGUUGAGAUGAUCAACACCCCUUCUCUUCCCGCCAAGGCCAUGAGCCCCCGAAUCACUCACAUCGAACUCGAAGACGAUAUGGAGGAGGAUGACCUCGAGGAGGACUACGCCCAGCUCGAGCUUGUCCGAACACCAUCUCACUCCAACUCUCCUCCUGAGCUUGUCGACCACGACUCAGAUUCAUCUGACGACGACUCAAUGCCACCAUCGCCCCCUCAGUCCAUCCUCGCCUUUGACGAGAAGGACGUCAAGGAACAGUCACAACAAGAACAAGAAUCCAACUCUCUCUACGCUGAGGAGUAUUACCUGCCAGCCCGAAACCCCGCGAGGCUGGUGUCGGCCAUCUCGGUCUACUAA